GGCUGCCCAGAGCGGAAGUGAAGGAGCAGCCGGAAGUAGCCGGAAUCCCAGGCUGACUGACCGGCGAACAGUCUUUGACAGGAGCCGGAGUUGCGCGCGGGGGAGUUGGCGGCCAUGGAGUUGGGCGAGCUGCUCUACAACAAGUCUGAGUACAUCGAGACGGCAUCUGGGAACAAAGUUAGUCGCCAGUCUGUGUUGUGUGGGAGUCAGAACAUUGUUCUUAAUGGCAAGACCAUUGUGAUGAAUGACUGUAUUAUCCGAGGGGAUCUGGCAAAUGUCAGAGUUGGACGUCAUUGUGUCGUGAAAAGUCGGAGUGUCAUAAGGCCACCAUUCAAGAAAUUCAGCAAAGGUGUUGCAUUUUUUCCUUUACACAUUGGGGACCAUGUCUUUAUUGAGGAAGACUGUGUGGUCAACGCAGCUCAGAUCGGCUCUUAUGUUCACGUUGGCAAGAACUGUGUGAUUGGGCGCCGGUGUGUGUUGAAAGACUGUUGCAAAAUUCUUGACAACACAGUAUUACCCCCAGAAACCGUGGUCCCACCAUUCACCGUCUUCUCAGGCUGCCCAGGACUCUUCUCAGGGGAGCUCCCAGAAUGUACCCAGGAGCUGAUGAUCGACGUCACCAAGAGCUACUACCAGAAGUUUUUGCCCUUGACACAGGUCUAAUGUCUCUGCCUGUGUCUUGAAUUCGCUUGAGCUCUAAGAUGGACUUUGGGGACCGAGUAAGCCCGUCAACAUCUACAAAGAGCUCUUGUGUCUUUGACACCUCCCACCCUCUUUUUUUUUUUUAAUUUUUAUUUUAUUUAAUUCUUUAGAAUUUCUCAAUCCUUCCAGGCUCUCAGCUCUUAAGACUUAAAAUAAUAACAGAACGUCUGGAAGAGUUGUCUCCAAAUGCUGUGCUUAAACCCUGUCUAUUAACAGUCACUUGGUACCAUACGUGGAACACAGAAUCAUCUGUUCCCAACACUCCCGCCCCCAUGGAUGGCUGGGUGGAGCAGGGCCCUCUGUCCCGACGUGGAGGUGGUGAUGCUCACACGCUGCCCGUGGCCACAGCCACCACAGUGCCCACCACUCACAGGGAUCCCGCUCAGCUGCCGUGCCGCUCACACCUUUGGCCAGUCGCCACAGCUGCUCACAGUCUUGAAAAAAAGUUUGUGACUUUUCAGAGUCCAGAUCCUCGUGGGCUACUAAAACUUGACGGAAAGGUGGUUGGUAUUUCUCUUCUUUGCAGAAUGAGCUGAACUGUCAUUUUAACCCAGGGUGACUGACUAAUAAAAGACUUCCUAGCAUUCUA